UCCAACAGCAGUCUGUGUACACGUUUUAUCCGAAUUUAGGAUCACUUCAAAACACCUAGCUAUGCGUUUCAGAUAGCACGUCAACGCUUCUGGACUGUCCGUGUUGUUUUAAGGAAGCAGGUCCUUUAUUUAAACAGCCGGGUGUUUCAGACUCGCUGUGACAAUGUCGACCUCCGUGGAGUUCCACUCUCAGAUCGCCUCCAUCAUGGAGGUGCUGGCUAAUGCGGCCGUGGCGGAAAUUUGUAAAGUUGUAGACGACGGAUAUACGGUGGUACACCUGCAGAUGUCCCGGAGCCAGAAGGACAACGAGUUCCUGCGACGGAAACUCAAACUGAUGGAGCUGCAGGUCGCCAGGUACCGGGCGGAGAGAGUGAGGGGAGCGGAGGGCUUCACCGGCGGCCGCUUCCCCGGGGUCCGCCCCCUCCACCGACAGAGCAGGGACUCACUGGCCGCAGGCCCCAUGCUGCAGGCCAGGACCAGGUUUCUGAACCGAGAUCCAGCGACUCAGCAGUCUUCAAGGAAGAUCCAACCCAUCAACCUGGACCAGGACCCUGAUCAAGAGGUGGUCACCAACACCAAAGCUGAGUCAGCAGAGCCUGAGGAGGAGGAGGUACUGCUAAUCGUCAAGGUGGAGGAAACAAUGGAGACUGGAACCCCCCACCAUGAGGCGGCGGACGUUAGAGGAGACGCCAACCCCGCCACGUCAGCCCCCGGCCCCCCGAUGGACGCCAGAUGCCAUCGCGAAAUGGAGGUCAGUGGAUCUGACAUCGUCACAUUAGUUGUCGGCAGGACAGCUGUAACUGACAGCAGUGACACAACCCACAGUUCCCAGCUGAUGCUAACAGGAAGUGAUGUCAGAGCAGGGGACAGUGAGCCGCUGGACUCAGGAGCCGGCAGUGUGGUCGCUUCUUGUGCCGACGUAACGGACAUCAGGAAAGAUAAUAAGGCUGCUUUAGACACAUCCUCCCUGUCAGAGGUGAUAGUCAUUGAUGGAGAGGCGGCAUCAGAGGGGUGUGUGUGGUCAGAUUUAAACCAGAAAAAGACAGAAGCAGGAAGAGAGAAAAACGGACAUGAUCAAACUACAUCACCCAGGAUUCAGUUGGGCGCUGGGCUGGAAUCAGUGCAAGUGAAGUCCUCACUGCAGGAAAGGUCCGUUCUACCUCCAGAUGCCAUUCCAGGAACAUCUAGUGGUGGGAUUAGCUCUGGUAUCAACUCCUCCGUGGAUCUUCACCGCCCUGCGAGCCAACACCAGCCCCCCCACCACAGCCACUACAAGCCCUUCUCCAGCAGCUUCCAUCUGGCCUUCCACCACGCUGUCACCAUGGAGCGUCUGUACGGCUGCACCAUCUGCACCAAGCGCUUCUUCCUGGAGUCGGACCUGCGGAAGCACCUGGCCCGGCACACCAGGGAGAAGCCCUACGCCUGCCUGCUCUGCGGCAAGAGGUUCGUGUGCCAGAGCCAGCUGGACAUCCACUGCAAUGUGCACACCGGAGAGAGACCCUUCAGCUGCUCCAUCUGCAGCCGCCGCUUCUCCCAUCCCAGCAACCUGAAGAGGCACCAAAAGAUCCAGCACUCAGAGAGCAACCCCCCCCACCCACACAGGAUAAUGCUGCACCAGAGUUACCAAGCAGGGGGAAGUUAUCCCUGAAGAGGACGAGACAAGGCUUUUCAAAGCAAUACUAACACUUUUUAACCCUGAGGAUUACUAUUGAGAGAGGUGAUGUAGCACAAACAUAAGCAGCUCCUCUGAAAUUUGACCUGUCUGAAUGGCUCUCCAGUUAUUUUAAUCAUCCACCUUUUCAGUUUUAAUUUAAUUAUAUGCAAUUUUAAUCUAGUGCAGGGAUGGCGGACACAGCUGAACACUACAAUAAAGAAAAUGACAGGAUGUUUGGGUGUUGCAGGAAAAAAACCAAUGAAUUGUUUUAACCUGUUAAGCCCCG